GGCGAUCGAUGGUGCACUGUGUCCCUGGGUGUCCCUGUUGCUAACAACAGGGGAUAUGUAUGCUGAUCAUCAGUGCCCUGAUUAUCAGUGUAGCCCCAUCAGUGCCACUUGUCAGUCCCCAUCAAUGCCACCUGUAAGUGUCCAGCAAUGCCACAUACCAGUUGCCAUCAGUGCACAUCUAUGCCACAUAUCAGUGCACAUCAAUGCCACAUAUCAGUGCCCAUCAGAGCUGCCUUUCAGUGCCAAAUAUCAGUGCCAGUCAGUGCCACCUAUCAGCCCCAGUAAGUGUUGCCUAUCAGUGCCGCCUAACAGUUCCAAUCAGUGCCGCCUGUCAGUGCCAGUCGGUGCCGUCUAUCAAUGCCGCCUAUCAGUG